AUGACAAAUUUGCUGCCCCGUCACGGCGAAACUCACUUCGCCAACAUACCGUACGGGUAUUAUGCAUUGUUAGUGUGCGUCGCAUUUGUACUUAAUGUUAUUGCUGCUCGACUCGUACUUGCAGAUCGACCAACAUCAUGUAAUCGCUGGUACCACUCGGUAAUCCGCCAGUGGUACAACGCUUCGCCGUUGGUCGGUCUUGUAACGCUGUUCGUACCGUUAAUGAUACCGUUCGUCCAUCAUUACAGUAUCUGGGAGCAUGCAACUGUCUACUUGAAAAGAUUGGGAAGACUGAGCUAUGUUCUAGCGACACUGAACCUAUUCCUCACUCUGCGGCCAAAUCUUUUACUCCCCCGGUAUGUAUAUUUGGAACUAGUGCCACUUCACAAAUGGGUAUCGCGGUCUAUAUUCUUUCUGGCAUUUUUGCAUGGCCUGGGGUUCUUGAUUUGGUGGGCCGUAACAUCUGAAGUUUCCGUGUUUGAGAAUGCUGCUCGUAAUGUAUGGAACCUUGUGGGAGUUGUCGACUUGUUCCUAUUGACCUUCCUGGUUUUAGUUUCAAUCAAGCCGAUGCGCAGGCUGAGCUAUCGCUUUUUUUACCUAACGCACACUGUCGUUUCUUGGGCGUUUGUAUUUCUCACGGCCUUGCAUGCGAGGCCCGGGGUGUUCGCUCCAUUCACUAUCAUUAAUAGUGGAUUACUUUUCCUUCACAUCAUCUCAAAAACCGUCUAUGCGCGGGCUGUUGAACUUAAUGCUGCUGAUACUGAACCUGAAAGAUCAUCAGGACUGGUAAGAAUUUCUUUGCAGCGCAAAGCAAUGCCUGACUUUUUUCCUCCGGGAUGCCAUUUACGCAUUUCUCCUUACAGACGAUUUAACCCAUUGUACUACUUGUUACCGUCACAUCCAUACACUGUUGCUUCUCUUCCUAGUGAUAACACCGUAGAAUGUAUCGUGAGAGAGCAUGUCAGAGGUUUCAAAUUGCUGACGGGUCUGAGGUACACGGUCCAAAACCACUACGAAUCUGUCCCACGCAAAUGCCUUGAAAGUGCCACUCGGAUAGCAAUAGUCUGCGGCGGAAGUGGAAUUUCAUUCGGCUUGCCACUCUUCCAAUAUUUUGCAGAUAGUGAGCGUGCUACUGAAAUCAGACACCUACAAUUUAUUUGGCUUGUACGAGACAAAAACGAUCUUUCGGUCCUUGCAGGAAUGAGCAGUUUGAAGUCAAACGACCCUCGAUUUCAUAUAUAUGUCACCAGAAACCUUCCAAAAGAUGACACUGAUACUAGUGCAUCAAAGACUGAAAUCGGUUCCUCUGGUCCCGAACCUCGUCACGAUGAUUUGGAAUUUGAGCUAGACUCUCUAGAUAACCAGCUGGAUCAGAAUGGAGCUUUCUUGCGAGAGGAAGGCACCGGUUCAAAAUUGACCGAUGCUGCCUCCACGGUUCAUUUAGGAAGAAAGCUUGAUUGGGCUGCAGAUUUGGCUCAACUAGUGCACGAAGAUGCUUUGGAAACAACCUGGCUAGUGGCUUGUGGCCCCACUGGUCUAAAUGAUGCAGCGAAGAGGUACGCAUUCCAAAACAAAAUUAAUUUGGCCUCCGAAAGAUAUGCUCUAUAA